AUGGUCGGAACAGACGCAAAUGCAAAGAUGGGACUUGAACAACAAUUUGAUAAGGUAGGAAAAUGCCAGCAGCAGUGGGGAUUUCAACCAGGAAAAGCUUCUAAGAAGGAAGUUGACCAGCUGCAAAAAGACCGCAAAAACGAAUGGACGUCAAGAACAAAGGAGUUUGAAAACGUGGAUCACUUCAACACUUUGCUGAACCGGCAAGCGUCGUCAGCUCCUGAACCCGAGCAUUUCCAAGUACCAACGUACACUGCAGUCAGCGAGGACUAUGGAGGAAUCUCUUUGCUGCAAGUUAUGUACAAGGUUUUGGAGCGGAUUAUCCUAGAACGACUUGCUAAACAUCGCGGAGGAACAACGCGCAAUGAGCAAGCUGGCUUUCGUCCUGCACCAUCAGGAGGCCCUUUGACCUAUCUCGAGUACGCUGACGAUGUUGAUAUGUUCACAGAAAGGAAUACGAAACUUCAACAUGUUGUCAACCUUGUAUCGAAGCUGGCUGCAAACUAUGGACGACGUCUACGCCCUGAUAAACGCAAACAGAUGUAG